AUGCAAAGGGAAGUAAAUAGCAUAGUUGCAAAAUCAUUGCAAAAAGCUUAUAAUCAUGACAGAACUGGAAACGUAGGGAAGGCAUAUGCAUAUUACACAGUUGUAGCAGAAUUAUGUCCAACAUUGAGAUUGGAUAUUGAAGAAGCUUUUGUUGAUGUACUUUGUCAAUGGGGAAUGCAGCUUGCAUAUGAAAACAGAUUUUCAGAUAUUGUUUUAUGUUAUACACGUUCUUUAGAUAUUUAUCCAAAUAAUCCUCGUAUGUUAAAUAAUUUUGCAGCACAUCUUCUAAGGAAUAAUGAUCCAAUAACGGCAAUAAAAUACCUAAAAAGAGCCCUGCAAGCCAAUCCCAAUUUUCUACCAGCAGAAAGAAAUUUACAAAAUGCAUUUAGUAUGGCUGUAGAUAGGUGGCACUUUCCAAUGUUGAAUGACAAACAAAGAAAUAGUGCAUUUGAAAGCGUGAUACAAAAGAAAAUUUCUCAAGGAUAUGACACUAUAUUAGACAUAGGAACUGGUACAGGAUUGUUAAGUUUAUAUGCACAUGACGCUGGUGCUGAGAAGGUUUAUGCAUGCGAAUAUUCAGUAGCAAUGAUUAAAAUUGCUCAAAAAGUAUUUGAAAGUAAUAAUGCCAAAAAUAUAAUAUUAUUGCCCAAAUUUUCUACAGAUCUUGCAAUACCUGCUGAUAUUACAGAAAGAGUGAAAUUAAUAGUGACAGAAACUUUUGAUGCUGGUUUAUUUGGAGAACAUGUAAUACCAUCUCUGUUAAGUGCUCAUACAAACAUAUUACACAAAGAUGGCAUAGUGAUACCCAUGAGUGCUACACUUUAUGUAGCUGCAGUGCAAUGUGAAUAUAUAAGAAACAAAUCAUCUGUAGUUUUUGAUGAAGUACAAAAUUCUUGUCCUUUAAAUUUUGAUAAUAUGUCUAUAUUAUUGGAUGAUGAAUAUUAUGACACGGAAUAUUUAAAAAAUGUGAAAGUUAAUUAUAUUACAGAACCUAAAGUUCUUUUUACUGUCAAUUUUAAUGACAUAUCAGAUUUACAAAAAUUUAAUGUGGAUGGUGUAAAGAGUUCUGUAAAUGUAAAAUGUGAGUAUGAUGGCACCAUAGACUUGCUGGGAGACACAUUAACAAUUAAUGGAGAAAUACUAAGAGGAAAAUUAAAAUGUUCUUAUACAACAAAUGUUACUGUAUUUAAUAACCAUAAUCAUACAAAAUUUUUAUAUCGUUUACCAAAGGAAGUUAUAACAUUUUUAAAUGACUUUGAAUAUAUAAAAUUACUUACUGAAGUUAGUAAGUCACUCAUUAACAAAGAAAUAAACACUAUUUUGGAUACCUCUCCGUUUCCAAUUUACGGAUUCAUGUUAUUGAAGGAAAAUAACUACAGUCAAAUUUUGUAUUAUAAAACUGAAAAUGAAACUCUUCGUCUUCUUAUAGAAGAAGUUGCAAAACAAAAUGGUUUUAAGGAUAAGAUACAUAUUGUAUCAAACUAUACAACUAUUAACAUUUCUUUAGAUACUAUAUUUGUUCAUGAUUUUGACAUUAAAGGAGAACUAAAAGAUCAUGGUCAAGAACAUAAUCAUGAAUUUUUUAGAUGUAUGCUGAAACCAAAUGGUAUCUUAUUACCCGAACAAAUAUUCCUUGUUGGGCAGCUUGUGUUUUCAGAAGAAUUGGCAAAUAUGGUUUAUGUAAAAGAUGAAAACUUACAGAGGCGGUCAACUUUAAUAUUUAAUACAACAAAUUCUAAAAAGAAUAACUAUCAAAAUAUAAAAAGUAGUUUUAACAACAAAAAUUCAUAUGGAAUCGCUCAGCAUAUUAAUGAAUUUAAGAUAAAACAGAUUUUUGAUUUAAAUUCAAGUUUAUAUCUAUAUGAACCUUUAUCCAAUAUAAAUAUACUGACAGAAAUAAAAGAAAGUGAAAUUGCUGAACAGAUAGUCAAUUUUGGUAAAAUAUAUGCAACUACUAACAGGCCAUUACCAAAUGCACUGAUUUGCUGGUAUAAAAUUAAAUUGACAUUAAAUCACAAUUACGACACAAAAAGAAAUGGAUCAUUCAUGAAUCACACAGCAAUAUUGCUAGAGGAGGAAUUAAAAAAUAUUGUUCUGCAAGGUAACGAUGUGUGUAUAAAAGUUCAACAGGCUGAGAGCAUGAUACAUAUAAAAGUCAAAUGACUCAAUAUA